AUGGCUGAUUUACCAACGGAUUCGUGGACGGAGAUCUUAGCGAGGCUACCGGCGAAAAGCCUAAUGAGAUUGAGAUGUGUUUGUAAAAGCUGGUGUUCUUUAAUUGAUUCCUCUGAUUUCAUUGUUACACAUCUUCACAUUUACAACAAAAAACGCAAGUAUUUGAUAGAAGUGGAACGCUAUAAAUCGAACAUUCGUAGCAUCGACACAUUCACAAAAAUCGAUGUACUUUUCGAAGCUCUUGGUGAACACGCUAUAUUAGGGAGCUCUUAUGGAUUAUAUUUGUUGAAAAAUGUAUUUCAUGAUAUUUUCGUAUCAUUGUAUAAUCCUUGUAUUCGAAAGUCGUUCGUGAUUCCCCCUAGUCCUUUUUCUCAUGAACAAACCAUACUUUAUCGGCUAGGUUUCGCUCCGUCUAGUAAUGAUUAUAAGUUGCUUACUAUAGGGUGUUUUAAGUUUCCCGAGUUUUCGAUUGCAGUUUAUUCGUUAAAUGAUAACCUUUGGAGGAUCAAAGGUAGGUUCCAUGACCACAUUCGAGGGCUUUUAUUAUAUAAAGAUGAGGGUGAAAUUUAUUUUAAGGGUGCUAUGUACUGGUUAGGAUUUGAUCAGGGCUCAGCGACUCAUCUUAUAUGGUUUGAUUUUGAUUCCGAGGAAUUCAACUUAGUGGAUUUGCCUGAUGCUCUUAAACAAACAUGUCUCACCAAAAUGUGUUUUGUCCUCGGUGAGUCUAUAGCAGUUUUCGGUAUGUCUUCAGAUCGUACCUGCAUAUGGGUUUUGGUCGAGGAUGGUGGGGAUAAAUCAUGGCGGCUAUGGUAUACCGGAGAUGUAAAUUUAGAAGCUCUUCAGUUUCUUACAGGUAGUAAUUAUAGUAUUGGUCUUACAGGGAUUGUCAAUGAAGAAAAGAAUACACUUCUGGUACAGCAUUCUGUCAAUGAUUACUUUUAUGGAAUGUGUUCUUAUAAUUUUAAAAGUCAUCAGAUACAGCAUUUGGAUUUUUAUAAUUGUAGACCUAAAUCUAUUGAUACUUAUGUGGAGACCUUAGUACUGCACAAACAACACCAACGGGGGAGAUUUGACAAUUGA